UCUCUCUCUCUCUCUCUCUGUCUCCUUCCCCAGGGGUUUUGAGCAUCGCCAACAGCCAUGUCCUUCUUUGACGGGGUCCAUCCCUUUUAUCCUCACGCCAGGACAGCCUUCAUCUUCCCCAUCCAUCAGCUCGUCAUCAUUCUCGUCUUCGUCGUGUUUGCGGUCACCUUUCUGGUUAUCCUGCCGGGCAUCCGUGGGAGAGGGAGAUUUUAUGCAUUUUUCAGGAUUCUUAUAAGUCUUUUCAUUGGCGCAGUCAUCGUGGUGGUCAAUUUUACCAGUGACUGGGAAUCUGGAUCUGUUACAGUAAACACAACAUAUAAAUCUUUCAGCAAAGAGGCAGUCUAUGCCAAAGUGGGGCUACAUAUCGGACUGGCAGGAAUCAAUGUCACUCUGAAAGGUCUGCCUGUGAACCAGCUAAAUGAAACCAUAGACUACAAUGAGAAUUUUCCUUGGAGUUUUGGAUUAGAUUAUAAUAAGGAAUAUCACGAAGGGCUUGAACAAGGUCUUCCAAACCCAAUUUUGUACAUUGCGGAAAAGUUUGCUGUCAGCAGUCCCUGCCUUGUUUAUUUACAGUACAGAUUGUCUGGGCAUUUUGCAACAGCCAUGAUGUGGGUGUCAUUUUGUGCCUGGGUGCUUGCCAACAUUCUCUUCUCCAUGCCAGCUAUAGUCUAUGGAGGCUAUAUGGCAGUUAUCACCUCUACAUUCAUGAUCUUUGGAGUUAUUUCAUUUGCCACAACUCGGACUGUUCCUCUAUGCACUAUUCAAUUUGGUCCAUAUAUGUUGAACACCAGUUUCAGUGUUUCGUUCUGGCUGACAUUAGUGACAGCGUUGCUGUGCUUAAUCUUUGGAGUAAUUGUGGUUGUUAUGAAUCACUUUGACCCAGAGAAGCUCCGAGUAUUUUUUCAGCUGAGUGGAGACGAUGCUGAUGAUGAACAACUAAGUGAAGGUCUAUUCAACAAUGGUUACACCGAUGAUAAUGGGAACACAUUAGGUUUACAGAGAAUGAUCAAUCCCCGAAAGAACAACGCUGUGGUUUACACAUGAACCUGAUGGCAUUGCUGAACUAAGGAGCAAUACCCAUCUUGUGUAGGAAUGUGACAAUACUGCUAUCCUAUCUUGAAGGAUGUCAGUGGACCAGAGGACUCUUUAUGUUGUCAUUUGACUGCUAUUCUUAUAGAAGGCUGACUUUUAGACUGCACUACCCCUCUUUGUGGAUUGACAAGGAGGCUGAUUGCUAGCACUCCGUGUUGUGUGAACAAAUGCACGUUUCCAGAUCUGUAGAAGAUAUUACAGGACUUUGUUUGAACCGCUGUAGCCCAUUGAUUUGUUUGACUGACUGGCUCAUGGCACCAAAAGGACAGACAACAACACAUGGGCAACUUAGCUCCAUUUGAUGUUGGCCAUGACACAUUAAGUGUUUCAUAUGCGUUCAAAUGCAUGAUCACUCCAUGUAAAAUAUAACAAGGAUUGCAAUAUACUGUAGAGUACAAGACCAAUGCACUUUAAGGACGUGAAGAGUUCCCUCUGCUCUGUACUCCAUGUAGCAAUUGUGGGUUAAGGGCUAAUUUUGCUCUAUUAGUGUUCAGUGAAUUGAACCCUGUACAUUGUUUUUUUUAAAAAAAAUUAAUGUAUCUAAUGCAAUUUUAUGUAUAUAAUUUCAUUACAAAUCUUCAAAGCCAUGUUAUUUAUAACGUUCAAUUGCAGUAGAUUUAUUCAUAAAAGCACUUGGACAAAAUUCACUGAAUGUAUUGACUGUAGGGAAAUUAGUGUACAUUUAGAUUAGAAUAACCAAUUUAGUACAUGGAGUACACAGGGCAUAAACUUUUUACCAUGAGUCUUUACUAGUAGUUUAGAUUUUGGAAUGACAUGUUUCAAGUCCCAAGAUACAUAUACUAUAAAUGUAUUCAGCUUUGGGACUGCAAUGAUAUUGUGACUAUGGGUGUUUUGUUGUGUUUAAAUUAUUAAGGUCAAGACGCCAUACUUUGCAAUACAGAAUAAAUGAAUGUUAUUGGUCUGUACGUGUAUGCAUGUUAUUAUUAUUAUGGAGAAUAAAUGAAUUUGUUAGAUUCAAUGAGUCAGUAAAAUACAAUGGAUGUAAUACAUUACCAGAUGAAAUAAAAAAAACUUCUCAAUUA